GUAGUGCACACUUUCUUCUGUAACGCAGUUCUCCAAUCCCAUUGAAUUUCGUGGAACGUUAUCGUUACAUUAUUGUUGAUUAUCAUCAUCCUGUCAUUCGUAUAUGACGUGUGCAUCAUUGUGCAUCGGAACAUAGACAUAAAUUACAUAUCGUAAUCGUACGCAAGACGAUUACCAAAGAUAAAAAAAAAGUUAUGUUAAUGAGCGUGUGAAGUGCUACUUCAACAUGGUUUAUGUUACAGGCGAUGGCAAUGUGGUAAACUCCACUCCAUGGGGAUUGAGGAGAGUUUUUGGGCUCUUUACAGGAGCAUUUUAUAUGAUCAUUAUGUUUUUUCAGACAUUGAUAAGUCCUGGCACAAAUAGAGUAGAAGGUCAAAACUCGAGAGGAGAUUUCCGACCAGGCUCUGGGCCACGUCCUCCACCACGUAGGCUUGGUAGACCAAAUACAGGGAACAAUGUUGACAUUCCAUUUUUCGGUGGUUGUAGCAGUUGUGCAAGAUAAAAAAGUUUUUAAAUCUAUUUAUAAUAUAUACUUAAAUAUAAAGAAAACUUACUUAACCUGAGAUUUACAUUAUAAUAAUUGAAAAGUUUAAGUUUAAGAUGUGAUUUUGUUUCCAAUUCUUGUCCUUUCAUAGAAAAACAGCAAAAAUCUGUCAAAAAUUACUUUUACGAUUUCUUUUUGCUAAAAGAUUUUGUAAAUUUUAUAUAAAUAUAAAAUGUUAUAAUGUCAUUAAGAUCACUUCCAUAGUAAUUCUAGCAUUAUAAAAUCUUAAAUUUUUAAUAUUACAUUCAGAAAUCAAUAAUUUACAAGUAUAAAUCAUUGAUGAAAAUAAUAUAAUCAUACCUUUAUUACGGACAUACCAAAUUAAUUCUAGAUUUACGUAAAAUAUUACAAAUAUAUUACAGAAUGUAUAUUAAUUAAGAAAAAAUCUCGAGUGGUCUUCGCGAUGUUGUAAAUAAAAUAAUAUGACAACCUA